GUUGUUACAUAAUGUCAUCCUGUACAAGAUAAAAUAAGUAAACAAACUGCUCUGUAAAGUACUUUCCUUUCUCACAACUGAAGAAACGAGGCGGUUUACUUUGCCAACGUAUAAAUACAAAACAGAGUAAUGGCAGUUUAAUGGCUCACGGACCGUUUAAAUGUAUCAAUUGUGAUGAUGCAUUUCUCUGCGAGAAAGACCUUUCAAGACAUCGUCGGCUAGAUUGUAAGAAAAAACCUUUUCAUUGUCCUGAAUGUGGCCAACUUUUUUCGCGGCGAGAUUCUCUCAGACAACACUUACAGCGACAUGAUAGCGGCAAAAAAUAUUCUUGUAAAUAUUGUAACAAAAUGUUUGACCAGCAACAAAAUUUGAAAGUUCAUCUUCGAAUUCAUUCUGGCGAACGUCCAUAUAAAUGUCCCGAGUGCGGGCGAGAGUUUAACCAAUCUCAAAACUUAACAACUCAUCUUCGUGUUCAUACUGGAGCAAAACCAUACGUGUGCAAGGAUUGUGGAGCAACUUUUCGUUUUUGUAGUGGCUAUAGAAGCCAUGUGUCCAAAUCACACGAUCCAUCAAGACAACCAGGUAAACGAGGUAGAAGAAAAGGAGCGGUGUCGCAAAAGCAGGCAUCUACCUCAACGCAAGAAAUCAAAUUUCAUCGCGUUAGUGUUAUUGCUAAAGUUCCUUCAACCUGCAUCAAUAUUGGUACUUCUACAUCGUCAGCAACAAGCCUAGUAAAUCAACAUAGCGCGAAAGUGAUUAAACAUGUAUUCCCUAAUGCAACUUACGCCACAUCUGGAAGCCUAGCAUUCAAAUAGUUUGUACCAUUCUAUUUCUUCCGCUCUUUUCUGGAAUUGAUGACGAUAACUUUGGUGUUUUGAGGUUUAAGUGACAAUGCUUCCUGAAGUUUAUCAUGAAGUUCAUUUUUGUCCCUUUUGAUUAUUCCGGGCAAAUUUUAAGAAACAUAACUCAUCGAUGAAAAAAUCAUAAUUCAUCGAUGAAAAAAUCAUACAAUUUCCACUGUAUAUCAUAUAUACUUGUAUAGGUUAAAGAAGUGUAUAAUAAUUGUUACCUGCUCGUUAAUUUAUACGGCUUGAUGUACAAAUAAUUUAAAUUUCCUUAUCAUUAAUCGUACUCGUUUUGAAUGAAAGUCUAUAUUUUUGAA